AUGGAGAACGCUGCUUACGAGUUCUACACGAUUAAGGACGAGGUCAAAAAAAUCACUCAGGGGGUCCCUGAUAAAAUUUUGGCUGGCCAUCACUAUCACGCAGCGGAAGUACACCAAUGGACCACAGACAUCUCGUCGAAUUGUCUGAAGGAACUCAAAAGCGUGGCUAACGGUUCGGCUGGAUUUAAAUAUAUUGUGAAUUGCACGAUUCUUCAGAAGAGGAAUGCUGGCUAUCACACCAAUUCGUCAUGCUUUUGGGACGCUGAACGCGAUGGAAGCGUGUCGAUUCGAUGGGAGAACACGACCAUGACUUGCGUGCUCACCGUCUACUGUGUCAGCCUACAGUAG